UCGCUGUCUACGGUGCUGCCUCUAGUGAGCAAUUCAGAAAGGAAUACGACACAAAAGUAGUGGGAAAGUUUACCUGCCUGUGUGUAAGUGGUACAGGUAAAACUCCUAACCAUUAUUGGUGAACGAAGUGAUUAAGUAGUACCUUUUAGUGAUUAAAGUUUUGUUAGGGAUUGUAAAUUAAGAUACCUACAUGAAAUUUAUGUUGCUGCUUUUGGCCGUCCAGGCUGCGGCGGUAUUAGCCGUACCGCCGCCGCCGUCGCUUCCAACGAAUGCGAAGACAUGCAUUGACCACUGCACGUGCAGCUUUGGAAUGCUGUCCAAUAGGCUGCAGGUAAUCAAAUGCGAUAGGCCUCUAGUACUUAACGACUCCACUUUUAAGUACAUUAGCAAGACCUCAACCAACGUCAUCACUCUUGACAAUUUGAUCAUCAACCAGAUCCAAGUUAGCGCAUUUUCCGGGUUCAAGAAUCUUGACGAUGUCAUCAUUACAAAUACGAGAAUUGCGUCCAUAGAUGUGAAAGCCUUCGACAAUGUGACGCGUCUAAAGUUUUCCAAAUGUGCCUUUGAAGACAGUCCUGAGCUAUUUUCUACAAAGUUGGAAGAGGUGCAUUUUGGAGAAUGCAAAUUGGAAGAAAUUCCUAAUCUAAAUGGACUGAUCAAUUUAACGUUUUUAAAUUUAUCGGGAAAUUAUAUUAAAAAUAUUGAAGUUGAAGCUUUCGCUGAACUGUUUGAUCUAGGAGAGCUUCAUCUUUCCGACAAUAACAUCCACAAACUCCCACCUACGGCAUUUAUUAAUAACCAAGAGUUAAUCACCCUCAAUCUCGACAACAACCCUCUUAAACAUUUUAACAUUAAUACAUCCGACAGUUUAGAAAUUUUAACUCUUAAAAACUGCCAAUUAGAAACAUUUGACGAAGACUCAACAAAAAAAUUAACUUCUCUCAAUGAAUUAAACCUGAGUCACAACAAUAUCACAGAUAUAUCCAAUAAAGCACUAUCCCACAUGCAGGAUCUUGCAGUAAUUGACCUUUCUUACAAUAAAUUGACUAAACUUGAAGAUAAUAUUUUCUCUGGAAACGGUAAACUCAUCAAAGUUAUCUUAGAUGGAAACAAUUUCGAGACCUUACCAUCCUUCUACCGCCAAAACCAUGAAAGUUUCUCUACUUACACAUUUUCGUGUAAAUCUUGUAGCCUAAAAAGUCUUUCAACCAACGUCUUCCAGAACAUGGAUGGUUUGAUUAAUCUGGAACUGUCGCACAAUAACUUAAUGAAUGUAGAUAAUGUCUUCGACAAAAUUUCCAGCUUGAAACAAUUAGAUAUUUCUUAUAAUGAGAUUGCAUAUUUCUCGCCAGCAGCUUUUGCACAUAAUAGCAAUUUAGAAAUUUUGAACAUUGCUGGUAAUCCUUUACUGGUUCUUAACCCAGAAGUGUUUGCAGGAAAUCACCUUCUUAGAGACAUUGAUGCCAGAAAUGCUACUCUGACAAAAUUGUGGUCCAACUACAACAAACCUGUUAAAUCUUUGCAUAAACUGCUGCUAAGUGGAAAUUUAUUAGGAACUCUAACUAACGAGGAUUUCAACAUUAUGCCCAAAUUAGAGGCAAUAGAACUGGAAGAUAAUCCUUUAGUGUUUGAUGAGAAAUUAUGUAUAUUAUUAUACUUUUUAGAUCUAGAAGGCAUUACUCCUAUCGAUUAUAGCAAGAAUAUAUAUACCGGAGCUGAUAAGGCUUUUAGGGAAGACAUCGAUGAUUUUGUAACCAUUGAAUGGAAAGAUGUUCAUAAAGGUAAAUGUCCUGAACAUAUUACUGAAUCUGCUGUACCUGAACUAACUCGCAUUGAUAACAAAACUACAUAUAAAACUAUUGACAAAAUUGAGAAAGAUGAUAACUACGAGGAAGGCGACGAUGAUGAUGACGACAGCGAUUCUGAUGAAUACGACGACGAAUACUACGAUGAAGAAACGACUACUAAGUUCGAAGACACAUCCCUUGCUAGAGCCACUUACAUCUUGUCAGUAACUUCAGUAUUUGUUUUAAGUGCUUUAGUAGUACUGACCAUAGCUGUUACCAUAACUUUAUGCAUUCUACGUAGAAACAACCGAUUUGACAUGCAACGAGCUAACUUACCAAGGUUGAAAAUUCCUCUUUGGAAUACAACUCCAGGUCAAAAGAAACACAGUGGAUCUGUAUACAGACCUCUUUCUGAAGACCUUUCAGGUCCAAAGACUCCUAAAUUGAGUCGCUAUGAGUUUAAUACAAACCCAGUAGUGCACACUGCUUAAAGUUACUUAAAAUUCUGUGGUUCAUAGAUAAGACUAUUUUGUUUAAUAUGUAUAUAAUCAAAUUAUUGUCUCUUAUGAAAUAAGAUUAGCAAUAUGUAUUCGGCUGGCCGCAGUACAGCAGAUAACCGAGGGACCAAAUUUCCAUUAAUUCUGUGAACCAAAACCAUUUUCAAGCUUUAAUCGUCCUGGGGACUGGAGAGCUGGCAUUGCUUGCACUCCGCCAUAGAUAAGGUCCUGUCGAAAAAUAUUUUGUACUUUUAAAAUAAGACUAUAUGAAAAUUGAUUUUUACCAUACUCCUUAACCAUUUUUCCUAACGAUUGCACUAAGUGAAAAUCCGUUUUCAUGUACUGAAUUUAGAAUAAUUCUGAUUUAAAAUCUACUUAAUUUUCAAAUUAGAAACAUGCACUGGUAUUGUCAUGUCUUAGUUCUACGUAAUUUAACUGUCUAUAAAUGUUAUUGCGCUUAUAGUAUAGAAAAAUAUUGUUAAGCCACAGAGUAAACAGGUAUUGUUUUGCCAUAAGUAAUAACAGCAUUCAGCUCUUCUUAAUACCUGUACACUAUCUAAUUUUUAGUUGUAAUCAAAAUGUUUUCAAUAAAUUUUUUAUCGGAGAAACA